CGAGGAGCAGAUUUCGUCGUCGCCUCGGAGCUGCUGUAAUGGCGGUCUCUCGUCGCUCUUCGCAGCAGCAGCAGACUUCGUUACAAUCUCCACCGAGGAACGGCGCUCUGUCCGGGGCUUCCGCGCCCUCCCCGCCUAUGGCUCUGCCGUCUCCGGCCGUCGGUUCGUCGGAGGGCGAACGGGAGUGUAGCGGAGGGGUCGAUGCGGCUCUGGCCUCCCCGGACCUUCCUGUGUCGGUUCUUGCGAGCAGCGCGAGCUCUACGUCCACCACAUCAGGCGGAGGCAGCAGCAGCGUAUCGAGCCCUGGAUCCGGAGCUACGAGCCCCACCGACGGCAGCAGCGGGGUCGGCGGGGCGUUCAGGGAGCUGUUCGAGGCCUGUCGGAACGGAGACGUGUCCCGCGUUAAGAGGCUGGUGGAUUCGGUGAACGUGAACGCGAAGGACAUGGCUGGAAGAAAAUCUACGCCGCUGCACUUCGCUGCGGGUUUCGGUCGGAAAGACGUGGUGGAGCAUCUCUUGCAGACAGGUGCCAAUGUUCACGCCAGGGAUGACGGUGGACUCAUACCGCUGCACAACGCCUGCUCCUUCGGACACGCAGAGGUGGUCAGCCUCCUCCUGUGUCAGGGAGCGGACCCCAACGCCAGGGAUAACUGGAACUACACGCCGCUGCAUGAGGCCGCCAUCAAGGGGAAGAUAGACGUGUGCAUCGUGCUUCUCCAGCAUGGAGCCGACCCAAACAUCCGGAACACCGAUGGAAAAUCAGCUCUGGAUCUGGCUGACCCUUCGGCUAAAGCCGUUCUUACAGGAGAAUACAAGAAGGAUGAACUUCUGGAAGCAGCAAGAAGUGGGAACGAAGAGAAGCUGAUGGCUCUGCUGACGCCGUUAAAUGUCAACUGUCACGCCAGCGAUGGGCGCAAGUCCACGCCCCUCCACCUGGCUGCAGGCUACAACCGGGUCCGCAUCGUCCAGCUCCUGCUCCAGCACGGCGCCGACGUCCACGCCAAGGACAAGGGCGGCCUGGUUCCUCUCCACAACGCCUGCUCCUAUGGGCACUACGAGGUCACGGAGCUGCUGCUGAAGCACGGAGCCUGCGUGAACGCCAUGGACCUCUGGCAGUUCACCCCCCUCCACGAGGCCGCCUCCAAAAACAGGGUGGAGGUGUGUUCACUGCUGCUGAGCCACGGAGCCGACCCCACCCUGCUGAACUGCCACAGCAAGAGCGCCGUGGACAUGGCGCCCACCCCGGAGCUCAAAGAGAGGCUGACCUACGAGUUCAAAGGUCACUCGCUGCUGCAGGCGGCGCGUGAAGCCGACAUGGCCAAAGUGAAGAAGACUCUGGCUUUGGAGAUCAUCGGCUUCAAACAUCCUCAGACCAAUGAGACGGCUCUGCACUGCGCCGUGGCGUCCCCUCAUCCCAAGAGGAAGCAGGUGACGGAGCUGCUGCUCCGUAAAGGAGCCACUAUCAACGAGAAGAACAAAGACUUCAUGACCCCCCUGCACGUGGCUGCUGAGCGAGCUCACAACGACAUCCUGGAGGUUCUGCAGAAACACGGAGCUAAGGUGAACGCGGUGGACACUCUAGGACAGACGGCUCUACACCGGGCGGCGCUGGCCGGACACAUCCAGACCUGCAAGCUGCUGCUCAGCUACGGCGCCGACCCGUCCAUCGUGUCUCUGCAGGGCUUCACCGCCGCUCAGAUGGGGAACGAGGCUGUGCAGCAGAUCCUGAACGAAAACGUUCCAACUCGGAAUUCUGACGUGGACUACAGGUUCCUGGAAGCUGCCAAAGCAGGAGACCUGGACACGGUGCAGCAACUCUGCUCUCCUCAGAAUGUUAACUGCAGGGACCUGGAGGGCCGCCACUCCACCCCUCUGCACUUUGCGGCGGGUUACAACCGGGUGGCAGUGGUGGAGUACCUGCUCCAUCAUGGUGCUGACGUCCAUGCCAAAGACAAAGGAGGCCUGGUUCCCCUCCAUAACGCCUGCUCCUACGGUCACUACGAAGUGGCGGAGCUGCUGGUCAGACACGGAGCCUCCGUCAACGUGGCCGACCUCUGGAAGUUCACUCCUCUUCAUGAGGCCGCAGCCAAAGGGAAAUAUGAGAUCUGCAAACUGCUGCUCAAGCACGGAGCGGACCCCACCAAGAAGAACCGAGACGGCAACAUUCCUCUGGACAUGGUGAAGGACGGAGACACGGACAUCCAGGACCUGCUGCGAGGGGACGCCGCCCUGCUGGACGCCGCCAAGAAGGGCUGCCUGGCCAGGGUGCAGAAGCUCUGCUCCCCAGAGAACAUCAACUGUAGAGACGCUCAGGGCCGCAACUCCACGCCACUCCACCUGGCAGCCGGUUAUAACAACCUGGAAGUGGCGGAGUAUCUGCUGGAGCAUGGCGCCGACGUCAACGCUCAGGACAAAGGGGGGCUGAUCCCGCUGCAUAACGCCGCCUCGUACGGGCACGUGGACAUCGCAGCCCUGCUGAUCAAAUACAACACCUGUGUAAACGCAACAGACAAAUGGGCUUUCACGCCUCUCCAUGAGGCGGCGCAGAAAGGCCGAACGCAGCUCUGCGCUCUGCUGCUGGCCCACGGAGCCGACCCCACCAUGAAGAACCAAGAGGGCCAGACCGCUCUGGACCUGGCCACGGCGGACGACAUCAGAGCCCUGCUGAUGGACGCCAUGCCGCCAGACGCUCUGCCCAGCUGCUUCAAGCCUCAGGCGACGGUGGUGAGCGCGUCAGUCAUCUCCCCCGCCUCCACGCCGUCCUGUCUGUCAGCUGCCAGCAGCAUAGACAACCUAGCCGGGCCCCUGACGGAGCUGGCCGCCGCCGCCGCCUCUGGCUCAUCUGGGGUUGCAGACGGAGCCUCAGGAACCGACCGCAAGGAAGGAGAAAUGGCCAUGUUGGACAUGAACAUAAGCCAGUUCCUGAAGAGCCUCGGCUUGGAGCACCUGAGGGACAUCUUCGAGAGGGAGCAGAUCACACUGGACGUGUUGGCCGACAUGGGCCACGAGGAGCUGAAGGAGAUCGGCAUUAAUGCUUACGGCCAUCGACACAAACUUAUCAAAGGUGUAGAGAGGCUUCUGGGGGGACAACAAGGCGCCAACCCCUACCUGACAUUCCACUGCGCCAACCAGGGCACCAUCCUGAUAGACCUAGCUCCUGAUGACAAGGAGUACCAGUCUGUAGAGGAAGAGAUGCAGAGCACCAUCAGGGAGCACAGAGACGGCGGCAACGCUGGGGGGGUCUUCAGCAGAUACAACAUAAUCAAGAUCCAGAAGGUGGUGAAUAAGAAGCUGCGGGAACGUUACACCCACCGGCAGAAGGAGAUCGCAGACGAGAACCACAACCAUCACAACGAGCGCAUGUUGUUCCACGGGUCUCCGUUCAUCAACGCCAUCAUCCACAAAGGCUUUGACGAACGCCACGCUUACAUCGGAGGGAUGUUUGGAGCAGGGAUCUACUUUGCGGAGAACUCCUCUAAGAGCAAUCAGUACGUCUACGGUAUCGGCGGCGGCACCGGAUGCCCGACGCACAAAGACCGAUCCUGUUACCUGUGCCACAGGCAAAUGCUUUUCUGCCGAGUCACUCUGGGGAAGUCCUUCCUGCAGUUCAGCGCCAUGAAGAUGGCCCACGCCCCCCCAGGACAUCACUCCGUCAUCGGGCGGCCCAGCGUUAACGGCUUGGCGUAUGCCGAGUACGUCAUCUACAGAGGAGAGCAGGCCUACCCGGAGUACCUCAUCACCUAUCAGAUCCUUAAACCAGAGAGCACGGCGCCGGCUGCAGCAGGGGCGGAGCAGAAGUCCUAGUCUCCCUCACAUAGACUCUACGCUUGAUAUCCUCUUUGCAUCGCCGCUACAUGAAGACCGUUCUCAUCAGUCAACAUUUCCAGCCUCCUUCCCCGUAGUAACCAUGGUGACCUGUGCUUCGUUACCAUACCCCGUAUAAUCUCUCACUAAUCCUGCUGAUGGCGUUACGUUUUUGCAUCAGAUGCAUGUUGUUAUGAAGCAUGUAGGGCUGAGCGGGGA